AUGGCGGACGGAGUAUUGCAGCUCGUUUGCGAAUGCAAACACGAUCCUUGGGGCAAACAAGGUGAAAGCUCACUCGCUGGGCGGCUUUGGUCCCAUAUGCCUGAUGCUGGAAAGCUUGACCCCUCAGAAACUUAUUCGGAAAUGUGGAUGGGUACAUAUCCUUCUGUGCCUUCUAGGAUUCGGUCUACCGGGACUCUUCUCUCUGAGCAUCUUAAGAACAAUCCAGAUCUGGUUGGACAGUCGGUUUGCGACAGAUACGGGCCUGACAUUCCAUUUCUGCCCAAGGUGCUCUCCUUUGCUAAAGCGCUUCCACUUCAAAUUCACCCUGACAAAAGUCUUGCCGAGCGUUUGCAUGCGAAGGACCCUGAAAAGUUUGGCGACACCAAUCAUAAGCCCGAAAUUGCAAUCGCCCUAUCACGAUUCGAACUUUUUGUUGGGUUCAAACCCUUAGACAAAAUUGCAGAGCUCAUGCGAUUGAAACCGUUGGAGCACCUUGUACCAGCAGAUAAGGUCUUCGAUGAUGGAGCUUUACGACAACUAUGUGAAACAUUGCUUAACCUGGCCCCGGACACCGUAUCCGAGAUUAUCACCAAAAUACAAGACAUAUCUUUGUCUGAGUUUGGAGACAAUGAGAAUGUUCCAGCACUUCUUGAUCGACUCAGCAAACAGUAUUCGGCAUUCGACAAUGGUAACUUGGUCGCCGCUCUUCUCAUGAACUAUAUGGUUCUAGAGCCUGGAGAAGCUGUCUGUGUUCCAGCCGACGGCAUCCAUGCGUGGUUUUCUGGGGACAUUAUGGAGUGCAUGGCGCGCUCUGAUAACGUUUUGAACACGGGAUUCUGUCCACGCGCUGACCGUGAUAACAUCGAGUUAUUUGCACAGGCGCUCACAUUCAAACCACAUGGCCCAGCAGAAUCUCUGCUCCAACAGAGAAAGAGCCCGAUUGGACUGAAAGGAAGAUCCAAUGAAUAUGCCCCUCCAUUUAGCGAGUUCAACGUCCUAGGUGUGGCCUUGUCAUCCACACAAUCCGAAAAGCACCGCAUACUUGAGAGUCCUAGUAUCUUGGUGGUGACUCAGGGCUUUGGAAAUAUGAGUGUGGGUGAUGGAACAAGUCAUGAAAUUGGGGAGGGAGAUGUUUAUUUUGCGGCAAAGAACGCAGAGUUGGAAUUUUCAACUACCAUGGGGUUGACUCUUUAUCGAGCGUAUGCCACGUUCUGA